GGCCAGUUCCUAUUCGCCAUGACUCAUGCCUUUUGUGCCAGCCUGGGAGCUCUCUGCCCUGCAGCUCCACAGGUGGUAUCAGUUCGGUGAGAAGGUUCCCGCCAGGGUAGGCAGUGGAGCGCCGCACAACGCGCUUUCCAGCCUCCCAGCUGCGGCCCUAGUAGUUCAGACCCAGCGCCAGCAGGCCUGCUAGAUCGAUCCUCGAGCUGAAGAUGCGUCGGGGCUGGAAGAUGGCUCUGUCCGCGGGGCUGCGGGGCUGCCGCCGGGUACUUUCCUGGGUGCCAGUGCUCGUCAUCGUCCUCGUCGUGCUCUGGUCUUACUAUGCCUACGUCUUUGAGCUCUGCCUGGUCACUGUUUUGAGCCCAGCAGAAAAAGUUAUCUACCUCAUAUUCUACCAUGCCAUCUUUGUGUUCUUUACCUGGACCUACUGGAAGUCUAUUUUUACGCUCCCUCUACAGCCAAAUCAGAAGUUUCAUUUAUCCUAUACAGACAAGGAGCGCUAUGAAAAUGAAGAGAGACCUGAUGUCCAAAAGCAGAUCCUCAUUGAUAUUGCCAAGAAGCUACCAGUUUACACAAGGACUGGAAGUGGAGCUGUAAGAUUCUGUGACCAGUGCCAUUUGAUCAAGCCAGAUCGCUGCCACCACUGCUCUGUCUGUGCUAUGUGUGUUUUAAAAAUGGACCAUCACUGCCCUUGGGUUAAUAAUUGCAUUGGAUUUUCCAACUAUAAAUUCUUCCUUCAGUUCUUAGGUUAUUCUGUUCUCUACUGCCUGUACAUUGCUACAACGGUCUUCAGCUAUUUCAUCAAAUACUGGAGAGGGGAAUUACCCAGUGUUCGCUCUAAGUUCCAUGUCCUUUUUCUCCUAUUUGUGGCCUGCAUGUUUUUUGUCAGCCUUGUGAUUCUCUUUGGUUACCAUUGUUGGCUUGUCAGCAGAAACAAAACCACCUUAGAGGCCUUCUGUACUCCAGUGUUUAUAAGUGGUCCAAAGAAAAAUGGGUUCAACCUUGGCUUCAUCAAAAAUAUCCAGCAGGUGUUUGGAGACAACAAGAAGUUCUGGUUAAUACCUAUUGGGUCCAGCCCUGGUGAUGGACACUCCUUCCCUAUGAGGUGCAUGAAUGAAUCACAGAACCCACUGCUAGCAAAUGAAGAGCACUGGGAAGACAAUGAUUAUGACAACCCAGAUUAUCCAGAAGGUUCAUCAUCUCUUGCAGUGGAGACAGAAACAUAGCAGUUUUCACAUUUCCUGCAUCUCUAAGACAGGACCCACUAUCUCCCAUGAAGCUUACAGAGUUCAAUAUUGGGAACCAUUCGAAUCUUCAAAAUAAGUCACCAUGGCGCAUUGAAAGCUUCACAAUAUAAAAGCAUUUUUAUCAAAUACUUGCUGUGCAGAUAGGUGUUUCUGAACUUUACAAGUAAUUUAAUUUACUCACUGACUUCAUCAAUCCUGUAGCAGUUAAUUAAAUAUGAUCUUUCACUCUAUCUUUCUUCCUUUUUCCUUCCCUAAACUGUGAAAGCCUAAUUGCAUAUAUAUCUUUCCAAAGACUCUUUUCAUUCUUCUUGUAAGAUAAAGUGGAAUUAAAAAGAUUUUCAUAGAGUCUUUAACUCCCCUGGAAAGUCCAUUAAUCAUAUCUAUAGGGUCUUUGUGGUAUUGAAAGUAGUCAGACUACAAGACUACAUUUGCUAUUUGUGUGCAUGUGCAUUUACAAGCAUGCAUAUGUGCAGUACAUUUACACAUAAUUCUGCUGUGGUGUUGUGAAAAUCAAGUUUUUAAAAAUCUGAAGUUUUUAUUCAAUCAUGUUUUUUUUCCUAAAUAGCAAUUUAAAUAUAUGCUGAGCUGUGAACACCACCCCUAUAUCAGGUAUCUAAAAUUCAAGAUUCAACAGACUAUAAUCAAAUUGGGAAUUGAACAACAAUGUAAAUGUAAAACCUGAUCUCUGUCAUAGACAUGUGGUGUUCCUGAAAGUAAGUUCAGAUCAGAUUUCCACUCUAUUAAACAUAAUAAUUAGUGUUUUACAGACUUUCAAUGCCAGCUUGUGGUAAAAUUAUUUAAUUACUUUUAUUUUCUUCGCCACCUAGCUUUAUUUUAGCCUUUAUGAGUUAUUGUCAUGAUAAAAAUAAACUAUAAGCCUAAAUUACAGACUACGGAUUUUGUUAAGGGUUUUAAUAAUGAUUUUCAAGUUUAAUUUCAAUAAUAUUCAUCAGGAUAAAAUUUCACAGUUGAAAUUGGCAUUAGAAUUAGCACUAAAGAUCUGUGUUUUCACAGCAAGGUUGUAUACAGAUAGUGAUAAUCUAUCUAAUAGUAAGAUGACAAUCCUUUUUUCUCUUUUUUUUUCCUGUUUUUGUUUCAAUGGUAAUUCUGCCAUUAAUACAGUCAACAUCUAUUUCCCAAUUUAUUUAUAAUCAUUCUUUCUUUUAGUCCUAGUGCCUGAAUCAAUGAGUAUGGACACUAAUGCUGCUUCUUUGUAGUAAUAACUAGAGGCCCAGUGCACAAAUUCGUGCAUGGGUGGGGUCCCUCGGGUGGCCUGCAGGGAUUGGGCCAAAACCUCCAGUCCAACGCCGUCUGCAGCUCCUACCUGCCACUCCUGCUCAUCCUGGCCCCACUGCACAUGCUGUGGGCUCACAUCCUAUCAGUCCCAAUAGGGAGAGGCUCACACUGCCCUGCAUCUGGCGCCCUCCCUCCCGAGGGGAGUAGCUUGUGGGAUUGGGACGAAACUGGCUCUGUAACAUCCCCCAAGGGGCCCCAGAUUGCGAGAGGGCACAGGCCAGGCUGAGGGACUCCACUGGUGCAUGAUCAGGGCCAGGGAGUGACCACAGGAGGGCUCCAGGGCAUGUCCAGCCCUUUAUGCCCAGUCCUGAUCUGCUGGACCCCAGCAGCAAGCUAACCUACCAGUUGGAGUGUCUGCCCCCUGGUGAUCAGUGCACAUCAUAGCUAGUGGUUGAGCGGCCUUAGCAUAUCAUUAGCAUAUUAUGCUUUGAUUGGUUGAACAGUUGACUGGUCACUGGACACUUAGCAUAUUAGGCUUUUAUUAUAUAGGAUACCUAAGGGUAUUUCUCAAGCUGUGCUCUUGUGCCCAGCUGUUCAUAAUAGAAGUCCCAACUCUUACAGAGAUCAAUGAGUGUUAUGGUCAUCUUACAAUAUCAAGGAGUUGAGUUCCUAGAGGGAUGUUAGGUUUACUAAAUUAUUUUCCCUAAAACCUUAUUGAGUAGAAAAAGUUGCCUGCCACAAAUAAUUCAGUGUUCAGGUUCCAGUGGACUUGAAAAAGUGAUCAAUCCAGCUACUUAAAGAACAAAAUGCCUGAUUAUUUUGAUCCUCUGGGUAAUUUUGGUCAGGAUAAGACUUUUAUCAUAAAUUAAAUGGAUUGUGGCAAGCAUACCAUUUGAGAAAAUGCUAGACAUGACUAAAUCUAUCAGGGACUGCUUCUCAAAGAAGCAGUCUAUGCAAUCUGGGUUUCACAAUGAAAUUGCAUAUGUUCAGAUUGGAAGAGUUUUCCCCUUCCUCUGUCCUUCCAAGACAUUCUCUUGUUUAGGUUUCUCGUGAAAGCUUAUUUGGCCAUCCCCAUGGUCUUAUGAUGGACAAGACUUGUCUUCUGUUCAUAUAAAAAUGCACCUUUUUCUAAAUGUAGACCUAUUACUCCACAGCCAGUGGUCCUCAAAGCAACUCUCCUUUUCCUAUCUAUCAUCUUCUGCCAAGGGUUUAGGCAGAAUAGCUGCUAACUAUAAUUCAAAGUCAGAAAGAAAUCAAGAACUUUGAUGCAUGAAGUGCAUCAGCACUCAUAUAAAUCAGGUCAUAGAGCUCAGGAAAGCUAUAAUGCAAAGCUGACAGAUUUACACUGUCUUCAAAAGGCCAAAUAAAUCAGUGUUUUAGCUGGGGGCUUAGCAAAAUAAAGAAACCUUAUUUGUAUCUCAGCACCUUGAUCUCACUAGUUUA